AUGAACGACUAUCGUGGAUCCUUCAUCGAACUUGCCUCUCCCACUUUUUCCCCGACUUUCUCGCCCCUCGAUACCCACAGCAACCAUCCUUAUGCCGCCUUCUCGCCCCACGAAACCCAGCCGCACUCCAGGACAUCACCGCAGUCCUACUCUGAUGAGUUCAGCUCCCGCCCGCACUCGUCCAAGAAACCCCUUCUCGCCCCGCUUUCCACCGCCGCAAAACCGCCCGUGCCUACCUCUGCGAAACCCGACUUUUCCUCCAGGCGAUCCAGGUCCGCACAGCGUUCCCUUCUAGAACACCAGAGCCCGAACACGCCCUCGCCGUCCAGCUCCUCGCCAGACUAUGACCGCGGCCAGCGCCACAUCCCGUUGACGAGCAACCUCCUCCACCCGCAGGAGCGCGCCGACCUCGUGCGCAAGACGCGUAAACUCACGCAGCUCUUUGGCCAGACGCCCGGCGUCGGGCACUUCCCCGUCGAGGUCGACCUGGGGCACGCGCACGCGCAGCGCACGAACAUGCAGCGCGUCGUGUGGCCGCCCGCGGAGGACGCGCAGUACGUGAACAUGGGCAUGCGCCGCCGCUCUGUGCCGUUCUCGCCGCAGGACCUGUCGCCGAUGAGCGGGCUGGUGGGGAGGGACGCGUCGCACGUGAUCGAGAUAGGGAGGGCGUCGGCAGCCUCGCGGGCGUCGUCUGGCUCGCCCGAAUCGUUCAUCGACCUCCCCGACCCCGUCCUCUCCCCCUCCACCCCCUCCCUCCUCGGCGCCCUCUCCCUCGACGACGAGCAGCGCGCAGAAGACGACCGCCGCCGCAAGCGCGAGAAGCUCGCAAAGCUCCACCGCUUCCUCGGCUCACGUGUACCCACUCACCUCGUCCUCGGCCCUCUCCACGAGGGCGUCCCGCUCCCCUCCCCCGCACCAUCCACCCCCCAGGACGACGACAUGCCCGGCGAGGACGCCGAAGCACGCAGGCUCCGCCUCCGCCGCAGGCGCAGCAGCUCCGCGGCCGAGUUCGGGGCGACGUGGUCUGACGAGAUCGACCGUCUCAAGGGCGACCUCAAUGAGAGGGAGAAGGCCAUCAACGUCCGCCGCGCCGUCAAGAUGGAGAAGAUGUUCGGGGUGGCGCCGCCCCAGGUGCUCUAUCACACCCGUCAGGCGGUCUCCUCCCCCGGAAGCAGUGGGCUCUCGCCCAUCGCUGCGAAGCCUAGGUACUCCACCCAGUCCUCGUUCCCGCCGCCCGUGCAGAGCGCAGGGCCGUCGGGUGGGCGCAACCUCAACCAGACGUCGUACAAGGGCAAGUCGAAGAAGGGCGCCAGGCCCGGAACCGCAGACUCGACUGAGCCGCUGAUUGACCAUACACGCACCGACACGAGCGAGAGUUGGGAAGACGGUAUGCUCACGGCGAUGUCCGAUGUCUACAUGCACUACCGCCAUUCUCUGAACUCGCUUAACGACAUCAUUGACCGGGACGACAAGCAGUCCCUCGCCGAACUGCACGACUACCUCAGCGGACGUACCCAGGACACCUCAGACCACACGCCGACGGAGGACAGUGUAUUCUCGCUCGCCCAGGCUGCGACGACGAAGGCCGAGCGCCGACGGUCGAUGCCCACACGCACGUCCAUGGCGUCCUUAGCGUCCGUCUCGUCCGAGUGGACCAUCCUACCGUCGCCGCCGCCCGAAGAGAGCGCGUUCCAGCAGCGCCGCCGUCGCGCGGCGAAGCUCACCCAGUUCUUCGGCGUUAACUACCGUGACCUCAUGAACGAUGUCCUUGAGAGCAUCGAGAAAGGCCUCGAGGAGGAACGCGGCCGCGGGACGCUGAAGCCAGAUGAAGUACAGGACCUCAUGCAAAAGCUGCGCAGGCUCAAGACGAAGCGCAACAACUGGCCGUGA